UCAUGGUGUCUGCGUAGGCUGGAAGUGAAGUUGGGCAAUUCUGGAGAGACAAGAUGUUCUCGCUUCUAAUUGUACUUCUCAUGGCACUUGAGGGUCAGUGCCAAGAUGAGCCAGAAUCAGUUCGGUGUGGCUGCAGACCGGCCUUUCCCAACUCGUCGUGGUUGCCAUUCCGCGAGCUGCUGGAAGUCCAGGAUGGUGAGUUCCCCUGGCAAAUUUGAAAUGGCAGCAGUAAAUGUCACUGUGGUCAUGGGAGCCAAAGCAUUCGGCGACAUCCGCUUGGAGAGAAAACAAGUGCAGAAGAUCAUUAUUCACCAAGAUUACCAGUCCCCACACCUGGACAGUGACCUCGCCCUGCUCCUGCUGGCCACACCAGUGCAAUUCACUAGCUCCAAAAUGCCUGUCUGCCUGCCCGGGAAGGAGGUGUCCUGGGACCGCUGUUGGAUGGCAGAGUGGGUUUCAGCUUUCGGGUACGGGACAUCUAGUGGCUGGAACAUGCAGCUCCAGAAGCUAAGAGUGACCCAGAUCAGCUGGAAAGCAUGUUCGGCGAGGGUGGAGCAGCUGUCCAGUAAGAUGCUCUGUGCCUGGCAGGAACUGGACACCAAUGGUAACUGCCAGGGAGACAGUGGGGCGCCCAUGGUGUGUGCUAACCGAGGCACCCACAGGCUCUUCCAGGUAGGCAUCUUCAGCUGGGGCCUGAGCUCCGGUUCCCGGGGGAGGCCUGGCAUGUUUGUGUCUGUGGCUCAGUUUAUUCCGUGGAUCCAGGAAGUGACACAGAAGGAAGGCAGAGCCUAUACCCUGUUGGGAGGCUUCAAGAACUCGCUGACUUGUGGCCCCCCAUACCUUCUAGCGCUGGGCCUGGGGUUUCAGGUGCUGCUCGCUGCCAUGCUCACUUGA